AUUAAAAGAAGAAAACACAACGGAACAGAUUAUUUCCGUUGCCACACGGCAUGGAAAAGCAAGGAGGCGCGAGCUUUACCAACGCGAAGUGUGCAGUAGUUGUCGGUGGUUGUUUGAGCUGAAUAUUAGCGAAGUUCUUCCUGCUAGGAAGCGCGUAUUAGCAUUUACGUAUCCCUACUGUAAACGGGAAGUCAAUAAAUAGCUCCUGUUAAACAGUUAGAACAUGUUCGGCCAGUCGGCAUUCAUUCAGUCGCAGUUAUAGAGCUACGUUUUAUUCCCCCAAAUGUUUAUUUCAAAACGACACCAGGUUAGGAGACAUAUUGACGUUCUAGAAAUGGAGUAAUGCCUACACGAAUUGUUACAGCUGGCAAGCAGGUUCUAUGCUCCAACUAAGGACCUCUGCAGAAGAAGAGAGCAGUUGUGAGAUUUCCCAGCUCCGACAAGCAGUGUUCCAAAACAAUGCCAGACUCCUUGAUGAGAUGCUCUGCCAAGAAGUUUACAGGAAAGUCAUCAACUGCAGAGGGGGCUGGGGCAUCGCGGGCACGCCCCUCCACGCCGCCGUGUCCAAGGGCCACCUGAGCUGUCUGCAGGUGCUGCUGGGCCACGGCGCGCUGGUAGACUGCGUGGAUGUCAAGGCUCAGACGCCCCUCUUCGCAGCCGUCCGUGGGAAAUACCUGGACUGUGUCUUAGCGCUCCUCGGAGCCGGCGCCAACCCCAACGGGAACUCGUCCAACAACUGCUCCCCCGUGCUCACUGCGGCCCGGGAGGGGAACGCGGAGAUAUUAAAGGAGCUGCUCAGGCACGGCGCCGAGGUGAACUCCCGCUCCAAAGUCUUGCUGUGGACUUCCAGCGCCAGGGUGUCCAGCGGGCCGCUGUACCUGGCCGCCGUUUACGGACACAUGGAGUGUUUCAAACUGCUGCUCCUGUACGGGGCCGACCCCGAUUACAACUGCACGGACGCAAAGCUGCUGAGUUCCAUCAAGCAGCCCAAAACUGUGCUGGAGAUGUGCCUCAGGCACGGCUGUGGCGUGGAGUACAUCCAGCUUCUGAUCGACUUUGGCGCAAACGUCUACCUCCCGACUCUGAUCCUCGAGAAGUCCACCAAGCAGAACGAGGCCGUGGAGCUGCUUCUGCAGGAAAGAGGGAAUCCAAAGGCCUUGAGUUCACAGUGCCGACUGGCUGUCCGAAGAUACCUCAAAAAGAUCAACAAGAUCCAGUGUAUCGAGCAUCUGGACAUGCCAACGAGUCUCAUUAACUUCUUGCAACACAAGGCAGUCCCAGUCACGGUUCUGUAGCCACGUGAGCUGGAGGCCCAUCACGUGAAUGAAUUCAGUUUUUUUUUUUAUUUAACUCUAUGAACCACCUUUGUUUUAAAUCCUGUCUAAUCCUGUGCUGUACUGUUAAGACUGUUUCUUAAGUCAAGACAUUAAAUGUGUGGAUACGUGG